GCACCGGGAGAGUAACCCACUGAUUUUGCAUUCAUAGGAUGUGAAUGCCUUUGUGGCUGAAACCGAUUCCACGCAGUAUGCUCCAUUUCAGGCUUCCGAUUUCUGUUACUUGGACAUGGAAAAGAAACCGACAUCGACCAUGACAUCCACGUACUCCGUCCCCUCGUCGUUGGCGCUUCAAACUCAAGCUUUUGCUUAUUCCGACUACAACGACGACAGCAUGGAUGAUAAUUCUGACAGCGAUCUUUCCAUAUCGACGCGAAGUUGGGUACCAGGUCAUUUCAUGAACGGAUGGCCCAAUCCUUCCUCGAUGCCGUCCCAUUCUUUGCCAACUACACAUACCAUGCCCGCCAUUUCCUCACUGAACAACAAUAAUAAUCACCGUGCCAAACCUCGAAAGUCGCUCUCCACUGGUUACCGCAAUCGUACCGAUACCAAGUCCAAAACAAAGCAAAAGCAAACGAAAAAGCGUGAUAAUGCCACGGCGAUGCGGUUGAAACGAUUUCAGUCUACCCCUUCCGGUCUUUCGACCUUGGCUGGCAAUACCAUGCGUCAUUCAGAAAGUAUCAGUACCUUUUUGGCGCGACAACGACUCUCUGACGAGGAUUCCGACGAUGAACCACUGCAGGAAGAAGGGGACGAGGACGAUGCUGUGAAAGACGACGACGACGACGACGACGACGACGACAGUGAUGAAGACGCGUACACCACCCGAUACAACCAUCGCGCUCUCAAUAAAACAGCGAAAAAGUCGCGCAAUGUCGAUAAAGCUUGCAAUCACUGCAAGCGGUCGCAUUUGCGUUGUGAUAACAUGCGUCCUUGUCGUCGAUGUGUGGCGACCGGAAAAACAGGCUGCGAAGAUGUGGAUCAUAAACCUCGAGGAAGACCAAGGCUUCAGCGACCCAUUACUACUUAAUAAAUAAUUCACGAUUAGAUUUACCCUUCUUUUUUUUGUUGUUCUCCUAUUGUUUCGAUUACUGUUUCCUAUUUCCCUUUUUGAUAACCCCCCCUCGUCCCGUCCCCCAUUUACCCAACCCAGUGUUUUGUAU